UCGUCAUGGCAUGGUUAGCUCGCGAGAGGGGAUAAAGUAACUAGCAAGGGAAGCGUGGAUACUCCUUAUGUUUAACGGAUCAAAAUCUUUUGGAAACUUCAGAGUUAGUUAGUUGAACUUUGAGAAAUAAUAGUAUCGCUUGUCUGCAUUUCCACAUUAAAUACAUUACGAGAGUAGAGAAAUCGUGUAGCGCGUUUGGGGCCUGGAAAGACGAAUGCUAACGUGGCUAACCUGGUCAACGUUAAGGCGGCUGUUUCGCUAGCUUCGCUUUUAGCACGAUAGCCUAGCUAAAGACGACAAGUGGCCAGUUUCACCAGAUAAUUUCGGCUACCCUUGAAAAAACAGACAAGUAACGUCAUCACAGUAAGCGUUAACUCUGGCCGUGGUGGAGGGAAAGUUCGGCUGGAUCUAAAAUGCUAAUUGAAAACCUUGAUGCCUUGAAAACAUGGCUGUCCGAUACCCUCGAGCCUAUCUGUGACGCAGACCCUUCUGCCCUUGCCAAGUAUGUUGUUGCUUUGGUGAAGAAAGACAAAACUGAAAAGGAACUUAAAGCCCUGUGUAUAGACCAGUUGGAUGUAUUUCUUCAGAAAGAGACCCAGCCCUUUGUAGAUAAGCUGUUUGAAGCCAUUAACAACAAAAACUACCUCCCGCAGCCAGAGCAGCCAUCCUCUCUGGUCAAAAUUGAGAAAGAUGAGCAGAAAAAAGAUGAGACAAAUAGGGAAGAAGAGCGGGAGAAGAAGUUUUCUCGAAGAGUGAAUCACAGCCCUCCACAGUCAAGCUCUCGCUACAACAGAGAUGGCAGGAGAGAUGAUCGUAAGAGAGACGACCGCCCCAGGAAGAGGGAUUAUGAACGCAACCCACCAAGGAGGGACUCGUACCGCGAUCGCUACAAUCGCAGGAGAGGCCGCAGUCGUAGUUAUAGUCGUAGCCGCAGUCGGAGUUGGAGCAAAGAUCGUAUCCGAGACCGCGACAGGGAGAGGGAUAGGGACAGAGACAGAGAUAGGGACCGUGAUCGCACCAGGAGCCCGUCACACAGCAGAACUCGGUCUAGAAGCAGGAGCAGAGAACGAGAUUCCGGAAAGUUGAAGUAUGAUCAUGAUCACAGGUCAGAGAGUGGUGAUGGCUACACCCCAGCAGCCCUGGUCUCCAGCGCAACCACGUCACACUUCCCUGUGCCGACACUGAGCAGCACCAUCACAGUCAUCGCCCCUACCCACCAUCACAGUAACAACACCAAUGAGAGUUGGUCAGAUUUCCGCCCUGAGCACCCUGUGGAUCGUGUACCUUUCAUUAGGGGACCACCCCCUCAACAGAGGAAGCGAUGCCGUGACUAUGAUGAAAAGGGCUUCUGCAUGAGAGGGGACAUGUGUCCUUUCGACCAUGGAAGUGAUCCAGUUGUAGUGGAGGAUGUCAACUUGCCCAGCAUGCUGCCCUUCCAACCGCCACCAAUCCCAGGUGUGGAUCCACCACCGCCCCCAGGCCUCCCACCACCACCACCUCUCAUGAACCCCCCACCUGUGAAUUUGCGGCCCCCUGUGCCCCCACCAGGUGCCCUCCCACCCAGCCUUCCACCUGUUGCAGGUCCCCCUCCUCCUCUUCCUCCGCUGCAACCAUCAGGCAUGGAUGCUCCUCCCAAUUCUAUCACCAGCUCUGUUCCCACCAUUGUCACAUCGGGGAUGCGCUCGUCACAUCAACAGGCCUCAGUACCACUCUUCAACUCUGACAACUAUGAGACAGAUGUGUAUAACCCUGAGGCUCCCAGCAUCACCAAUACUUCCAGGCCAAUCUACCGCCAUCGGGUCAAUGCCCAGAGACCCAACCUGAUUGGUCUCACAAUGGGAGAGGUGGACCAGCCACAGAGAGACAAGAUUCCAAACAACAGUAUGAGGAUUGUUAUGGAGUCUGAUUCGAGGAAGCGACCAGGUGUCUCCCAUGAUGGAGGCCUCCCCUCAAAGAAACCUUGGUUUGACAAACCCAACUUUAACAAACCCAACCACCAGGGCUACCACAAAAGACCUCCAUUCUCUCCUAACACCAAGCUGCUGGUUCGGCAAAUUCCCCCUGAGCUCAACAACAUCAGCAAACUCAAUGAACAUUUCAGCAAGUUUGGCACCAUCGUCAACCUCCAGGUGGCCUACCGGAAUGACCCAGAAGGUGCACUGAUCCAGUUCGCCUCUCCAGAUGAGGCUAAGCGGGCUAUGCAAAGCACAGAGGCCGUUCUCAACAACCGCUUCAUCAGGGUGCACUGGUUUCGUGAUGAUGGAAGUGAUGGACAGGGCCAGGGCCAGUCUCACUCACUGCAGCAGCCUCAGACACAGCCAGCCAUGCAGCCCUCUGCCACAUCUCUGAAGCAGUCUGUCAAAGACCGCCUUGGACCCCUGCUCGCUACGAGCUCUGAGCCCUCCCAAGAUUCCAGCGUAGCCUCUCAGAAUCCUUCCAAAGUGUCAGUGAAGGACCGUUUGGGUUUCUCUGCCAAACCAGCAGCUGCUGUUGAAAAAGUCUUUUCGACGUCUAUGGGCCUCACAAAGACUGUAUACAAUCCUGCUGCCCUGAAGGCAGCCCAGAAGACGUCAGAGGAGGCCCUGAAGAAGAAGCAGGAAGCUAUACGGCUACAGCAGGAUGUAAGGAAGAAGAAGCAGGAAAUACUGGAGAAGCACAUUGAGACACAGAAGCUCCUAAUAUCCAAACUUGAGAAGAACAAAGCAAUGAAAGCAGAGGAUAAAGCCAAGAUCAUGGAAACUUUGGGCAUGUUAACCAAGAGCAUCACCAAACUGCAAGAAGAGAUAAAAGGAAUCUCAAGCAGCAACAACCCACUACGGACAGCCAAGAGCAAGGCCCAGGCACAGAAGGAACUGCUGGAUGCUGAGCUGGACCUGUACAAGAAGACUCAGGCCGGAGAGGACACCGCUAUGUUGAAGAUCAAGUACACCCAGCUGCAAAUUGAGGCAGCUAAAAGGGGACUCCUGUCAUCAGGACGAGGCCGGGGGGUCCUUCCUCGGGGCCGUGGUGCUCUCAGGGCCAGGGGACGGGGCUCCAGAGGGCGGGGAAGAGGUGUGCCACUGCAUGCAGUCGUGGACCAUCGGCCACGAGCGCUGGAGAUUUCUGGUUUUGCAGACACAGACCGCGUAGACCUACUGCCACACUUUGCUCAAUUUGGAGAGAUUGAAGAUUGCCAGAUUGAUGAAACCAACCUGUCUGCAGUCAUCACUUACAAGACAAGAGCGGAGGCAGAGCAGGCGGCUCUUCAUGGAGUGAGGUUCAACAACCAGACUUUACGGCUGGCCUGGCAUAAGGCCGUCAUGACUCUCAAUACUGCGGAUGCUGAUGAGGCAGAACCAGAGGAGGAUGAGUACCCGGAAGAGUCUCUGAGUGACGACGCAUUGCUGCAGGAUGAUGAUGAGGAAGAAGACGACAACGAGCCUCGCUCCUGGCGCAGAUGAAGAUCAGUUCGAUGCUCUUCCCUGGUUGCACAGCUGUGGAAGACAAGCAACUAUCCAGCAACUUUCUAAGAUUUCAAUGCCUGUUUAUAAAUCUACAACACAUUUCACUUUGGCUAGACUUUUUUUUUCCUUCCCUCACAAAUGUGUAAAUGACAGAACAACGAUGUGCGAGUUUGAUUCAUUUUAACAAUGACAGAUUUUUUAAAUGCUCUUAAUGUAGAAAUAGUUCUGUACAUUUUUUUUUUUGGGAGGUCACAAAACAGAAAUAGUUCGUCUUAGACAUGUGACAGCUGAUCACUUGUUGAACUGUCAGUUAAAGAAAACAAAUCCUGUGUUGUAAUUUAACAGAACGGCAGACUAGCGUUUUUCAGAAUAGCAAUAGGUUGACUGGUUUAAAUGCUCACUUGUAAAUAUUUUAUGUCUGUGUUUAAAUGAUUUGUAUGAAAGCUUGGCUUCUCAGUUGUUGGCUUUACUUUGGAUUGUACAAAAAAUAAAGAAUUGAAAUGGUCUGAAAACAUUCUGCCAAAAACAAAAAGAAAGUAAAAGACAAAAAAGACAAAAGAAUUUUGUGGCAGUGAAAAAAGAAAACUCCCAAAAGAGUUGAAAAAAAGACCAUUUCAAAAACAAAAAAAACUUCCUCUUCCCCUAAAGAGCAAAAUUCCUACAAAAUUCCUACCUUUAUGAACACUUUUUUUAUUUUUAUUUUGGAUCGGUAAGGUAACCUAACGUUUAACACUGAUUUCCAUGCCAAGGUAAGACCGUGACAUAAUCUGAUCGAAUAUUUUUUGCCAAAUGUUAAAAUUAGCUCAAAUUAUUGCAGAGCUAAGAAGUACUAAUACCAGAUUUGUGUUUGUUUUGUUGCAGGAGCCGUCGGUCUGCAGAGCCCAGCGUCAGCUCGUCUUUCUCCGAGAGGCUUCAACAUUUCAGAAUUUAAAAUUGUAUUUGCUUGAACUGUUUUUAUAUGGCGCCAAUCUAAGUGCUACUGUAUUAAAAUACAAAUUUUGUUAUGUUG